ACGAUUUCGCGGGUCGAUACGCGACGCCGUGUAUGUACAGCGCGAAAUAGUCCUGCCCUACGUCACACAGUCAGGCCCCGCUCUAUUAUCGCGCGAUAGCCGCCUUUCUCCUCGUGUAAACAGUAACGUCGCGUCGUCGUUUUUCGACACACGCAUCCUCGCCCUGUCUAACUGUCUCCCGCUCGUCUCUCUCUCUGCCGUCGCGACCUGUGUGGAUAGUUCGGAUCAGCCGACCGACGGACAACACGACGAGGGGGCAUUUACAUACGGUAAUCGAGCUGUUGAACAAUGGCGCGUACCAAGCAGACUGCCCGUAAGUCAACGGGAGGAAAAGCUCCCCGUAAACAACUUGCAACGAAGGCGGCCAGGAAGAGCGCGCCGUCCACCGGUGGCGUCAAGAAGCCGCAUCGUUACAGGCCCGGUACCGUGGCUCUUCGAGAAAUUCGAAGAUAUCAAAAGUCGACUGAGCUGUUGAUCAGGAAGCUGCCGUUCCAGCGGCUGGUACGUGAAAUCGCCCAGGAUUUCAAGACCGAUCUGCGUUUCCAGAGCGCCGCCAUAGGCGCCCUCCAGGAAGCGUCCGAGGCGUAUCUCGUCGGUCUCUUCGAGGACACCAACCUCUGCGCGAUCCACGCGAAGCGCGUCACGAUCAUGCCUAAAGACAUCCAGCUGGCCCGGCGAAUCCGCGGCGAGCGUGCUUAAGAGGCGCUAUGUAACUCGCAUACAUACCGUUCACUGCGAUCAUUAUUAUUAUUAUUAUUAUUAAUUAUUAAUUAUAUUAGUUAUCGUUCGCAAUCGUGGAUGAAGGACUUUCAUUCCAACCUCUUACAUAUUUUGUUCUAUUCGCAUAGACACGCGCUAUAGCAUUAUCCCUCCGAUGAUUAUCCCCUUCUCUCUUCCCUCCUUUAUCUUCGACGAUUUCCCAUUCAAAAGACACGAAAUUCCACUGGGCUUCACGAUAUCGACGAUUAUAGAAACUCUUACUUUCAUUUUCCUCCCCUUUUUCCUCUUCAAAAUUUUGAAGCACUUGAAAUGACUUUAAUUUACACUUACAGGGCGGAUAUUUGGGAAAUUACACAAUUCGAUUUACGCUGGCAGUUUUGUUAAGUAAUUCCGAUUAGACGAUGUUCAUUAGAACGUUUCUUUACUUUCACUACUACUUAUCGUUUUUUGUCGUCAUUAAUGUUACGCAUAACGAUGUCAUUAUAUCAUUAUUAGUAUUCGAAAGAAAAGUGUGCAUUAGAUUAAGACAUCCCCAUAGUAAUCCUGACGUAGUGCUUAACGUAUUAGAUCUCUGAUUGUACUCGAGUUACAUAAAUCAUUUUGAUCACCUAAAGCAUUGUGUAAAAAUUUGUGUAAAAAUAAACGCAUUUCGUAAAUAAAUCUAAAUUCGCACGAC